UUUUUUCAGUUGGACUGUGCAGAUCUUGGCAGCUUAUGUCUUUGUAUCAGAUCUCCACUCAAAAUGCUAUAAAUUCCAAAACCCCCUAUCAUCAAAGUUGUGAAAGCAGUUCAGAUCUGUCCGAGAAGGAACGGUUUAGUGAGUGAGAGAGAGAGAGAGAGUUGCUGAGAAUUUUUAGAUUAAAAUGGCUGCAAGGAAGCCUGGUUUAAUUGCUCUCUUUGAUGUCGAUGGAACUCUUACAGCACCUCGCAAGGAAGUUACUCCAGAAAUGUUGAAAUUUAUGAAGGAACUUAGAAAGGUGGUUACUGUCGGAGUUGUUGGGGGUUCUGACCUGGUUAAGAUAUCAGAACAGCUUGGCAAGACAGUUACAACGGAUUAUGAUUAUUGUUUCUCUGAAAAUGGCCUUGUAGCACAUAAGGAUGGCAAGCUUAUUGGCACACAGAGCUUGAAGUCAUUUCUUGGAGACGAGAAGCUCAAGGAAUUUAUUAACUUUACCCUCCAUUACAUUGCUGACUUGGACAUUCCAAUAAAGAGAGGAACAUUCAUUGAGUUCAGAAGUGGCAUGCUAAAUGUCUCACCUAUAGGGAGGAAUUGUAGUCAGGAAGAAAGGGAUGAAUUUGAGAAGUAUGACAAGGUACACAAGAUACGUCAAACAAUGGUAUCUGUGCUCAGAGAAAAGUUUGCACACCUUAACCUCACCUUCUCCAUUGGAGGCCAAAUUAGUUUUGAUGUUUUUCCUCAAGGAUGGGACAAGACUUAUUGUUUGAGAUACCUUGAAGAAUUUAAUGAAAUUCACUUUUUUGGUGACAAGACAUACAAGGGAGGAAAUGACCAUGAGAUCUACGAGUCCGAGAGAACUGCGGGCCACACAGUUACUAGCCCAGAGGACACAGUAAAGCAGUGUUCUGAUCUAUUCCUCGGCAAGGAUAAUGGAAGUUCUUGAGCUUGCUGCAGUUUUCAAAUACACGAUUGUAUGCUUGUAACCUAUGCACGACAGAAAUGAAUAAUUCCAAUAAUUCUUGUAUUACUUUUACCAUAAAAAUUAUAAUAUGAAUGUAGUACUUUUUGUUUACAUUCAAUUCAAAAAUAUGUUCGAUGACUUUCUUU